AUGGCAGUGAAACUAGAGCUUUACCACAAUCUUUUCCGUCAUAACCCAACACCGAACGCCAGCUCAAUCAGUCCGCAGAUGUGUGAAAUUGAUACUUCCACUGGAGCUUUUCUAUUGUCCCGCCGACGGAAAUUCCAAUGGCUUGAUAUUGCUUGUGGCCAUGAGCACACUACUACCGCCACCUCCGAUUGUCCAUUUUUCACCUGGGAUUUGGAAAUCGACGAUAUAAUGGAGGAAGCCAAGACGAGAUGGCUCAAACCAAAUAAACUUCAUCCCAUACUCUGUAAUUACAAAGGGAGGUGGAAGAUUGGAGCAUAG